CGAUAACGUAAUCAACUCUAAUUAGACCUCACAAUAGUUUGCACUUCUCUUUCAACUUCCAGAGUCCUUUCACUGGAGCACCUUUGCAAAGAUUCUUUCAAACUCAUCAAAUUAGAGCAUUUGACAAAAUGCGGCUCGAAACGUUGUCCUUGUUGGUGUUAUGCGGGGUAAUCGGUGUCGUAGUGGGGCACGAACAUCAUGGCCAUGACCACGACCACGCCGAGAAAGAGAUCCCGCUUCAUGAGCAAGAAUAUAUCCAGGACAACACUGAGGAAUUGGAGCGAAAAUGGGGCUUUGAGUGGGGAUAUAAUGGGGUCAACUCAUUUGCACACCUCGAGCACGUGAAGUGUCUCACUAAGCCAGAUACUCUGUUCGAUAUUGGCAUUUUGGGAGUUCCCUUUGAUACCGCUGUUAGCUAUAGACCAGGAGCUCGUUUUGGGCCCCGAGCUAUUAGAGCAGCAUCAUCUCGACAGACCUCUUUCCGAGGCUUCAAUCCCCGAGCUGGAAUCAACCCUUACAUGUCAUGGGCCAAGAUCCUCGACUGCGGCGACGUUCCCGUAACUCCUUUCGAUAAUGCCGUUGCACUCACCCAAAUGACGUCCGCUUACCUCGAACUUGGUCACCGCUCUUCACUCUCUUCCGUCAUCCCAAAACCUAAGAUUAUAACCUUAGGUGGAGAUCAUGCUUUGGCACUUGCAGCAUUGCGGGGUUUAAAUAAAGUCUAUGGACAGAGUAUCGCAGUUCUUCAUUUCGAUGCACAUUUAGAUACUUGGCAUCCGGCAAAGUACCCGAGUCCGUGGCCAAGUAAACAGGCGGAGUUUAACCAUGGGUCUAUGUUCUGGAUUGCUUCCAACGAAGGACUGAUUCUGAACGGUUCGUCGGUUCAUGCGGGGUUGAGAACGAGGUUGAGCGGGGAUGAUUGGGCAGACUUUGAGGAUGAUACGAAUCAGGGCUUCCUACGUAUCUCGGCUGAUGAUAUCGAUGAUCUUGGUCCAAAAGGUGUUGUUGAUACCAUUAUGGCUAGAAUUGGGACAGAGACUCCUGUUUACGUUAGUGUUGACAUCGACGUCCUUGACCCAGGUCUUGCACCAGGUACUGGAACCCCAGAAGCUGGUGGAUGGACAAGCAGAGAGUUGAUUCGAAUCUUGAGAGGAAUCGAGGGAUUAAACAUCGUAGGUGGGGAUAUCGUGGAGGUGGCGCCCGCAUACGAUGGGGCCGGAGAGCAGACUGCCUUGGCUGGAGCGCAAGUCGUGUAUGAGAUUCUGACGAGCAUGGUCAAACGGGGGUUGGUGGAUAUGGGCAAGACUGCAGAAGUUCCUGGCCGUGACGCUAGAGGAAGAGUGAAGGACGAGUUGUGAGGUCUGGGUUUGGAGUUGUGGUUGCCAAGUUUUUGGUGGAGUGUUCGGAGUUGGACGAAAGAGGAAAUCGAUGAAGAUGGUGUAAAAGGCAAGCUUCGAAGAUUGGGAAAUUGAGUGGAAAAGUGCUUCAUCUUAUCUCUGAGGGGUUAUGCAGUACCAAAAGCGUUCGUGGCAACAUUGAAACACCUUUUCGAGAUGGGGUUUGCCGAGACUUGAAACACCGCGACAGGUGUCACGACUCGCACACCGAAUGAAACAGGGCAUCUUAUUGGUCAAUUACUUCUCCUGCAAGGCAUCUCGCAAAGCUAAAUAGUCAUAGCAUUCUCGGGGUCGCAAAUUCGCGAUCGCAAAGCUAACGGGAUAGAAAUGACGCGUUUCUUUCGUAUUCGCAACUAAGUACGACCGCAAGAGCCAGAAUGAACUGC